AUGCGCGAUAUCAUCAAGUACAAACUCGACAAGAACAUGGCGCUCUUCCUGUCGGGGGACGUGAAGCGCGAAUACAGCAAGUCGACCGUGACGGCGCAGCCAUGUCAAGGCGGCGCGAAGUUCCCGCCUUUUCAGCCUCGCGAGCGCAAUGCAGCGAAUCCAAAUGAGGCACCGAAGAACGCUCUUACGGAGCAGGAGGCGGCCGAAUUCAAAAAGGUGAUACUCGCGCAGUUUGAGGAGUUCCAGCAGACCCCACCAUUUACCAUUCAACGUUUAUGUGAACUGUGUUUGCGACCUACGGAUCACUACAAGCAUCUGGGCAAGUAUCUACGCGCUGUCGAACGGACGCUUCUCGUCACGUCGACUUGGGAUGCCUUUCCCGUAUCCCCCGACAAGAUCACCAGCAAGCCAAGCGUCAGCACUGUCCACAUCAGUAUCAACGCCCUUUCCGCACCCACGACGCCCAUCUUCUCCCCCAUCCCCUUCCUGCACGAAGACGCUCGACGCUCAAGCUCCCGCAGUCCACCGCCGAGUCCACUGGUCCUGCCGGCAAUUCAGUCUGGCGGAACCGCGACGACGAUGCCGCAUGUAGGAGCAGAGGGUGCUGCGCCACAAGCAUUGGGGCUUGUGGAUGAGCUUGACGAUCCUACUCUUUCUUCGACGACGGAUGUUCCGUCGAAGCCAAUCUUUGGGAGCCUGGAGGAGCGGUUCACGAAGGCGGAGACGAAUGCGGAGGGAAGCGCCGCCGGUCCGGAGGAGAAAAAGCAGAAGAUAGAAGGAUGA